AUGCAACGUCCGUCCAAGUGGCCCAGCGUCGGUCCCCGCGUGCUUCUGCCCGCCUGCAUUCUCCUUGUACUCGUCGUCAACGUGGUCGUCUUCGUACAAUGGACGACAUCGACGUCGACGCCGGUCCACCCGCGCUUCAAGCGCCGCUACGGCGAAGCCGACGGCCCGGCACUGCCAUCACUCCCUGGCAACGCAACGUGCUGGUUUGACGACCCUAAGGUCAAGCGCGUGCCCACGCCCGACCUCGAACACCUCAGUUUGCUGCAGACUGCGUGCGUGGCCGAGGCCGACGACAUCAUCACGUGGCGCUAUGGCGCCAACGCCACGACCGCGCAACCGACGCGGCUGCGGCGCGACGACCCGGGCGUGCUCGACGAGCUCCGGCGGUGCCCGGACAUUGAUAUUUUUCUACCCAGCGGGCUGCGCGGCUCGGGCUACUGCGAAGACGGCGUCGCGUACACCAAGUAUGGCGCAUCGCGCUUGCUGCCGCUGUGGGCACUCGAAGACGAGUAUUUCGAUGUGCAGCGCAACGCCAAAGUGACGUACUUUGACUUGUGUCCAGGGACACCUGUGAUUUUUUUCAACCACUACUGGCCGCCAUGGACCUGGCCGCGCACCAAGCCGAUCUACCUCAUGCCGAACAUCGAGAUGGGCGAGCUGCAGUCGGCGCAGUACUGGCGCGCCUCGGUCGUCAUCUGCAAGACGCGCGACUGCUACCACCGCGUCUCGACGUGGUACGAACAGCACGGGAGCCCGACCGGCGCCGCCGUCGUGUACAGUCGCCACACGUCGACGGAUAUUGCCGGUCACAUUACGCGCCUCCUUGGCGCCGACGUGCGGCCCAAGGACUUUGAAAAUGUCCGGUUCACGCACUCGGCCGGUGGCAGCGUGAGCAAGGGCACAGACCAGGUUCUCGGGUGCUGGUUGUCGCGGCCCGAUUUGCCGCCGCUUGACCUCUCGAUGAGCGAACACCUCUACAACAUGGGCUACAGCAAGUACGAAGCCGCGAUCGCUGCCAGCGGCAACAUCCAUUUUGACCGCAUCAAGCUCGACGAGGUCGCCUUUGGCAAGCGGUUUGCCGAAGCGUCGUUCUUUCUCUGUGCAAGCCGCAAGGAAGGGUAUGGCCACUACAUCAACCAAGCCCGCGCCGCCGGAGGCGUCAUCAUCACAACGAACGGCCCGCCGAUGAACGAGCUCGUGCAGGCGCCGAUCAACGGCGUGUACGUCAAGACCGCGAGCUCUUACCAUCCGGACCAGAUGAUGGGUGGCAAUUUUAACGGUGAUUUCGGGCUGCGCGGCUUUGGCGGUCUCGAGGCCGACUACUCGGCCGGCGACCUCUGCGCCGCGGUCGACCACGUUCUGGAGCUCUCGACGUUUGAGCGACAGCGCAUGGGGACGGCCGCCCAGCAGGCAUACCACGACGACACCAAGUACUUUGCCGCCGCCAUGCGCAACCUCCGCGCGAUCGCACGUGCCCAGUUGGCCUCGAACUUGACGGCCGCCGACGUCGUGGCGAGUGGCAAUUGGCAGCAGACAGCAUUGCAGGACUUUUCGUGUCGUACUGUCUAAUCCAAUUUUAGUCUACUUUAUCUCGAUGGG